UGAGUCUCUUAUCAGAUACAUGAUUUGCAAAUAUUUUCUCCCAUCUGUGGUGUUGUCUUUUCACUUUCUUGAUAGUGGCUUUUGAAGCACCAGAGUCUUAAUUUGGAUGAAAUGUAAUUUAUCAAUUUUUUCUUUUGUUGCUUGUGCUUUUUGGUGUUGUAUCUAAGAAACUAUUGCCUAAUCCAAGAUCACAAAGGUGCGCCAUACACUUUUUAAGUGUGACCUUAUUUACAAGAACCCUAUGAGGAAAGGGUAGUAGACCCACCUCACAGAUGAGGAAAUGCUGCAUCAAAUGCCAGAGCUGCAACUAAACCCCUGUUCAGUUUGCUCUGAACCUCGUGUGCAUCUUACUGUGCCUCCUCCCCAAGUCCCUUUACUUCUUUAUCCCUCGCAGGGCUUGGCACGGUGGCUGGUGCCUGGUAGGCCCACAGGUACUGUACCCGGACAGGUGCACCAUUUGCACUUGCUGGCUGAUUUGGGUGUAUUAGGGUUUGCGCCUCAUCACACUAUUGACGAGGGGUUCGUGUCUGUGAUGCUAGAGGUCACUGAGGGUCUCUCUCCUCUCUCACCUCCACAGUGUCUCAUCGUUGGGGGAGGACCAUGCGGCUUGCGCACUGCCAUUGAACUUGCCUACCUGGGAGCCAAGGUGGUUGUGGUGGAGAAGAGGGACACCUUCUCCCGGAACAAUGUGCUGCACCUCUGGCCUUUCACUAUCCACGAUCUGCGGGGCCUGGGAGCCAAGAAGUUCUAUGGGAAGUUCUGUGCUGGCUCCAUUGACCACAUCAGUAUUCGCCAACUGCAGCUCAUCCUAUUCAAGGUGGCCCUGAUGCUGGGUGUUGAAAUCCACGUGAAUGUGGAGUUUGUGAAGGUUCUAGAGCCUCCUGAAGAUCAAGAAAAUCAAAAAAUUGGCUGGCGGGCAGAGUUCCUCCCUGCAGACCAUUCCCUGUCAGAAUUCGAGUUUGAUGUCAUCAUUGGUGCGGACGGCCGCAGGAACACCCUGGAAGGGUUCAGAAGGAAGGAAUUCCGUGGGAAGCUGGCCAUUGCCAUCACCGCCAACUUCAUCAACAGAAACACCACGGCCGAGGCCAAGGUGGAGGAGAUUAGCGGCGUGGCUUUCAUCUUCAAUCAGAAGUUUUUUCAGGACCUUAAAGAAGAAACAGGGAUUGAUCUAGAGAACAUUGUUUACUACAAGGACUGCACCCACUAUUUUGUCAUGACAGCCAAGAAGCAGAGCCUGCUCGACAAAGGUGUCAUCAUUAAUGACUACAUCGACACAGAGAUGCUGCUGUGUGCGGAGAACGUGAACCAAGACAACCUGCUCUCCUAUGCCCGGGAAGCUGCAGACUUUGCCACUAACUACCAGCUGCCAUCCUUAGACUUUGCCAUGAACCACUACGGGCAGCCUGACGUGGCCAUGUUUGACUUCACCUCCAUGUACGCCUCGGAGAAUGCAGCCCUGGUGCGGGAGCGGCAGGCACACCGGCUGCUUGUGGCCCUCGUGGGUGACAGCUUGCUCGAGCCAUUUUGGCCCAUGGGCACAGGCUGUGCCCGUGGCUUCCUGGCAGCCUUUGACACGGCGUGGAUGGUGAAGAGCUGGAACCAGGGCACCCCUCCCCUGGAGCUGCUGGCCGAAAGAGAAAGUCUUUACCGGCUGUUACCUCAAACAACCCCCGAGAACAUCAACAAGAACUUUGAGCAGUACACGCUGGACCCAGGGACGCGCUACCCAAACCUCAACUCAAACUGUGUCAGGCCCCACCAGGUGAAGCACUUGUACAUCACGAAGGAGCUGGACCGCUACCCCCUCGAGAGACUGGGCUCAGUGAGGAGGUCCGCCAGCCUCUCCAGGAGGGAGUCAGAGAUCCGGCCCAGCAAGCUCUUAACCUGGUGCCAGCAGCAGACCGAGGGCUACCAGCACGUCAACGUCACCGAUCUGACCACAUCCUGGCGCAGCGGCCUGGCCCUGUGCGCCAUCAUCCACCACUUCCGGCCUGAGCUGAUCAACUUUGACUCUUUGAAUGAAGAUGACGCUGUGGAGAACAACCAGCUGGCAUUUGAUGUGGCGGAGCGUGAGUUUGGGAUCCCUCCGGUGACCACGGGCAAAGAGAUGGCCUCAGCACAGGAGCCAGACAAGCUCAGCAUGGUCAUGUACCUCUCCAAGUUCUACGAGCUCUUCCGGGGCGCGCCGCUGAGGCCCAUGGAUUCUUGGCGCAAAAAUUACCGAGACAAUGCUGACCUUGGCUUGGCCAAAUCAUCCAUUUCUAAUAACUAUCUCAACCUCACAUUUCCAAGGAAGAGGACUCCACGAGUGGAUGGCCAAACUGAAGAGAAUGACAUGAACAAACGGAGGCGGAAAGGCUUCAAUAACCUGGAGGAGCCUUCAACCCUUUCCAGUCGUAGCUUGGGCUCCAAUCAAGAGUACAGCAGCAGUAAAGAAGGUGGAAAUCAGAACAAAGUCAAGUCCAUGGCAAACCAGCUGCUGGCCAAGUUUGAGGAGAGCUCUCGGAACCCCUCGCUCCUGAAGCAGGAGCGCCGUGUCUCAGGGAUAGGUAAGCCGGUCCUGUGCUCUUCCUCUGACCCUCCUGCUCACUCUCGCUGCCCCAAGCCGGAGGAGCCCACAGCCAGCCCGUCACCUGCUCUGAAAAGGCAGUUCCCCUCCGUGGUUGUGACAGGGCAUGUGCUCAGAGAGCUCAAGCAAGUGUCUGCUGGUGGCGAGUGUCUGAGCAGGCCCUGGAGAGCCAGAGCCAAGUCUGACCUGCAGCUGGGCAAGCCGGAAAAUCUCGCUGCCCUGGCUCCGCCCUGCCAGGGCCCACAGGCCCUUUCCGGAGUGCUGCGGCGGCUGCAGCAAGUGGAAGAAAAGAUUCUCCAGAAGAGGGCUCAGAACUUGGCCAACAGGGAAUUUCACAAAAAGAACAUUAAAGAGAAGGCGGCUCACCUGGCUUCCAUGUUUGGACAAGGGGAUUUCCCUCAGAAUAAACUACUCUCUAAAGGCCUGUCUCAUACUCAUCCUCCGUCUUCUCCCUCUUGCCUUCCGUCUCCUGAUCCAGCUGCUACUUCUCUGCCGACUGUUGACUCUGCUUCUCUUGCCAGAAAGCUGACAGUAGGGAAAGUGUCCAGCGGCAUAGGGGCUGCGGCUGAAGUCCUGGUCAAUCUGUACAUGAAUGAUCACAGACCUAAGACCCAGGCCACCUCUCCAGACCUGGAAUCUACGCGGAAGCCGUCAUUUCCCCUGAACCUGGGUGGCAGCAACACCUGUCACUUCUGUAAGAAGCGUGUGUACGUGAUGGAGCGGCUGAGCGCCGAGGGCCACUUCUUCCACCGCGAGUGUUUCCGCUGCAGCGUCUGCGCCACCACCUUGCGCCUGGCUGCCUACGCCUUCGACUGCGACGAAGGCAAGUUUUACUGCAAGCCCCACUUCAUUCACUGUAAAACCAGCAGCAAACAACGGAAGAGACGGGCAGAGUUGAAGCAGCAAAGAGAGGAGGAGGGGACGUGGCAGGAGCAGGAAGCCCCUCGCCGAGACACUCCCUCGGAAAGUUCUUGCGCGGUGGCCGCCAUCAGCACGCCGGAAGGCAGCCCCCCAGCAGACGAGCCCACCUCCCCCAAGAAGCCGAAGAGUGUCCCUGAGCUGGAGAGCAGCGAUGUGGACGUGGGAGCCACCUCUCCCCCACCCUCCGAGUGGACCUCAGUGAGGAUCAGCCCCGGGGAGGACGCAGCGGGGCAGGACGUGCUGGCUGUGCGUGUCCUGGUCACCAGCGAGGACAGCAGCUCCGACGCAGAGUCUGACUAUGGCGGCAGCGAGGCCUCCAGUUCAGAGCCCUGUGAAGAGAGGUACCAGCGGCCAGAGUCCCCACCUCUGCCACAGCCCCUCACCCGGCACGUCUCCCUGAGGGAGCCCCUGACCAGGGUGGCCUCUCCACAGUGCCCGGAGGACCCCACAGGUGUGCAUGCUGCUCUGCGACGAGCCAGUAGCUUCCAGUCUGCAACCCGGAGCAAAUACCAGAACUGGAGAAGAGAAUUCCAGUCCAGUUUGACGUCAAUGAACAAAAGAACUGUGUCACCUCCAAAGGAACCUUCUCUGUCUCUUCCUUUUUCUUCAUUGUCCUCUCUUUCGUCUUCCCCACCAUCUUCUUCCUCUUCAACCAGUAUCCCUAGGAAUGCUCUGGAUGGUUCCUCUCCACCUCAGGUGACAGCUUACGACCCCUGCUCACAGGCCUCCAGAGGUCAUCACAGUCCUCCCACCCCAAUCUUUCUGAGGCGAGCCAGAGCCCAAGGGGCACCCAGGGAGAUUCCCCUCUAUCUGCCCCAUCGCCUGGUGCCGGAGGGGGCAGAAUACCGGCCAGUGAGCCCCAGCAGAGAUGCAAAGCCUGCGGAAAAGGCUUCUGAUGGGUGCCAGGAGGCAGAGGCCCCUCUGCGGGACACCAGAAGCAUCCACAGAGGCUCACACCCCACUGGGGGUAAGGACAGGUGCGUGCCAGACCAAGAGCUGUCUCCCAGGGGUGGAGAAGACCCUGGAGAAUGGAAUAUUGGACCCAGGAGGGGAGAGGAGGCUGGGCCAGAGCUGGCGGAGGAGAAGAAGUCUGGCUUAAAGAAGUUGGUCCUCACUCAGGAGCAGAAGACCAUGUUGCUGGACUGGAACGAUUCCAUCCCGGAGAGGGUGCGCCUCGAGGCUGGGGAGCGGCCUUCCCAGAGAAGUGCUGAGAACGGAAGAGGAGGCCGAAUGCUGAAACCAGUCCGCCCCUUGCUGCUCCCUCAGCCGGUGAGAGAGACCCUGCCAGCCCAGAGACAGGCUCCGGAGGAGAUGGGGACCCCGGCAGAACGAGCCCCAGGGGAGCACAGCGUGCCCCCACCCCGGUCCCCGCUGCGGCUCAUAGCCAAUGCCAUCCGAAGGUCCCUGGAGCCCCUCCUCCCCAACUCCGAACGCGCGAGGAAGGCCUGGGCCAAGCCAGAAUCCAAAACUUUGCCCACUGGCUUGCUCAGCCUGCGCAAAACCAGUUCCAGCAGAGACCAGGAGCAGCACUCCCCGGGGAGAGCAGUGGCGGGCAGGGCCCCAGCCGCCUUCUCCCUGGGAACCCAGUACUCAGACCUCAGCCCUCCUGCCCCUGCCCUCCGCACCCACAGUUUGCCCAAUCGGCCAUCCAAGACCUUUCCUGCACUCACGUCCCCGCCCUGCAGCAAGAUGGAAGAUGUCCCCACACUCCUCGAGAAAGUGAGUUUGCAAGAGACCUUCCCAGAGGCGUCUAGGGUUCCAAAGAAAAGAAUCUCACUGUUUUCCUCCCUCAGACUCAAAGACAAAUCUUUUGAGAGUUUCCUUCAAGAAUGCAGACAGAGAAAGGACAUCAGGGACCUGUUUGGUAGCCCCAAGGGGAAGGUGCAGCCCGUGGACGGCGCCCAGCCCCUGGGGAAGCCAGUGCAGCCUUUGAGAAGCACCUCCCUGCGCCAGGCAGCCCACGCGCCUCCCCCAGCGGGACGUGCAAGCUCCAAGCACACCCCUGUCAGAGCAAAGGUAACAGAGGCUGCCUCUUCUGCCUCUUCUACCAGCUCCUCCUCUGCAGAUGAAGAAUUCGAUCCCCAGCUUUCCUUGCAGUCAAAGGAAAGGAAGACCCUCAGAAUACGACGGAAGCUGGAAAAAGCAACGAAGCAAUUGGUUAAGCAAGAAGAACUGAAAAGACUCUAUAAGGCUCAGGCCAUCCAGAGGCAGCUGGAGGAGGUGGAAGAGCGGCAGAGGGCAUCCGAGAUCCAGGGCGUGAGGCUGGAGAAGGCCCUGCGAGGAGAGGCAGCAGAUUCAGGCACACAGGAUGAAGCACAGCUUUUGCAGGAAUGGUUUCAGCUGGUUCUGGAGAAGAAUAAAUUAAUGCGAUAUGAGUCGGAGCUCCUAAUCAUGGCCCAAGAACUAGAAUUGGAAGAUCAUCAGAGCAGACUGGAGCAGAAAUUAAGACAGAAAAUGCUCAAAGAGGAGAGCCAGAAAGACGAGAAUGAUCUAAAGGAGGAGCAAGAAAUACUCACCAAGAUGAUGCAAGUGAUUGAGCAAAGGGAUAAACUCGUAGAUUCCUUAGAGGAACAACGUGUCAAAGAAAAGGCUGAAGACCAGCACUUUGAAAGCUUCAUCUUCUCCCGGGGCUGUCAGCUGAGCAGGACGUGAUGACAAUGUCCCUCUCCCGCGCAGCGAGCCGGGGACCGGAACGGGUCAAGCACCCCACACAUGCUCACAGGUCCUUUUGUGGGAUUUUAUCAUGUGUGGACUUAAGUUAUAUUCUACUGCAUUUUUAAAAGUUAAAAUUCUCCUGCAUAUACUACAGCUUUCCAAGAUUCUUCCAGAGCUUACCAUGAAGAAAACACAAAGACUCUUUUGAAACUGGCAGGAAACUUCAGCGGGGCUCUCAGUCUGGAGGUACUGUUGGCAGAUAACCAGCAUUGUUUUCCCUAGAAAGUGACACAGAAGACUUGACUUUCCUGCUGCUUUGUAUCAUUUUUCUUCGCAAUUCAUUGAGUUACACACUAAGAUUUUUAAGAAGCUGCCUUUUCAUUAGUAUAUCCAUAUUUGCCUUUUUUUGCAUGGAUGACCGGUUUCCAAAUGUCAGAAAGCAGCAGCAGCAGUUUAAAGAUUAGGUUAAUAUUUAAAUUGUGUUUCCAGAGAAAGAGGAGAAACCUUGAGAUUACUGAUUACAUAAAGCAAAUAACUCAUAUAGCAGGUGUUAAUUCAAUCCAGGGUGGAUUUAAUUUACCAGGUGUAUUUAUAAGCCUUAAUAUAAUAUACAUAAGCAAUGAGAGUUUAAUAGAACAUUUGAGCCUUAAUUUUAUUUAAAAAAAAAGAAAUAAAACUUUAACUUCACGCCAGCAGUAUUGUUAGUUUUUACCACAUGUUGGCUUAGAAAAGGUUUUUAUUCCCAUAGUACUCUUUUUAUGGCCCCUAGAAAAUAACAAAAAGCAUUUUUAGAAAAUAAAUACUUUUGAAGUGCUUUUUUAUGAGUGUUGGUGAUGGCAAAAAGGGAAAUUCUUUCAUCUGUUGGUAAGAUACUGAUAAGGUUGGUGCUGCCACUAAAACUGAGCACACUAAUGGUACCAGGCAAGGAGUGCCUCUGAAUGGUGGUCUCCUGGGACCCAAACAGAGAAGUGUCUCUGACUCUCCCCAGGGAUUGCGCAAGAACUGUACAGGACAAGGACAAAACCACUUCUAACUCCAAGGUAGAGCUGAGUGCAGUUUAUCAAAUCCCAAAUUGGGCUGUGGAUUUUUUUAAUGACAUUUCAAUAUGAAAAGAAAGCUUUGGAGAUGGAGAUUGUGCACCAACACGUCAGAAUUCCUGGAGUGUUUUGAUGGUUCAUAUGGAGGCCAAAGAAGAAAAGAUUUUAAAGGGUGAUGUAUUGUCAUAAAAUAUUUGAUUGUCUUCCCUCAAUGGCAUUCUUUGAAGAUUUAGUCUGUUAUCGAUAAGAGAGGGACUAAAGAACUCUUUGUUGUAUAUUUGGCCACGCUCAUUUCUGAAAGUGUUUAAAUGUGUCAUUAGACAAAAGGUGCUUUGCAACAGUUGGCUCUGACUGGAGAUCGAAGUUUUCUCAACGUAAGUUGACCCAUGAACCACUUCUCUCAGAGACGCUCUCUGCACACCAAUCUAGCCAGUUUACAAGCCAGAAAUUAGAUGUGUAACUGGAUUUCCUCUGAGUCAGCCAACGUUUUGGGUGGUAUUUAAAUACAACCUUUCCAUGCUAUUCCAAAUUCCAAAGGUUGUCGUUCUUUUUUCUUUUCCUUUUGUCUUUCCUUUCUAUGAGAAUCAGGUCUUCUAGUGCCUGAAUUUUAUUGUUAAGGAAUAUUUGGAGGCAUCUACCUACCUACCUACCUGUGAAAACUAUACCACUUCUGGCUAUUUAUCUAUUUUUAUUUAUUUGUAUAUUAGGAGAAAAUUGAUAAUAUGAUUUCUUCAUAAUACAGGUUUUCCUGUGUUAUAAUUUGGAGAAGAUCUAUUAACAUUAAGAAAUUGGUAUAUAAGCUAUUUAAUAUACAAAUAACCCAGAUGUUUGGGGCAGUGAAUUGUAUAGUAUUAAAGAUGCAUGAAGAUAAUAAAAAUAAUAUUUUCAGCCAACAGACAUUUAGAGGUAAGAUUGUGGAUGCACAGAAAUGUUAAUUCAUAAGAAAAAGAUACGUAACUUCAGUUUUCAUUCUAGAAUAUGCAGAAUUAUUCAAGCCUAGUCUUUUCUGUCAGUUGUAUAAAAGUGCACCAUUUGGAUGCUUACAUACAUUUAACAGAUAAUGCUCACAUGUGUAGUGGUUGGGUUAUUACUGUGCAAAAGAAUUAAUUGCCACUUAUUUUAUCAAUAAUUUGUUAUAUUUCCAUCUAAGAGAAAGAUUUUCCCAAGAGGGCCAAGAACCACCUUAGUAUUCUGUUAAUAGAUGAGAAAAGCAAUUUGUUCACUUUAUUCCCUAGACUAUGUUCUGUGUUUUAUGGCUCAGUUUUAUCUGGCCAAGUUAAAACAUAAACCUCAUACUUGUUUUCCACAUACACAAAACCUCAUAUGACAUUCCAAUGACAUUUCCAAAGAACACAAAUAUUGUAGCUGUUGAACAUAUCUAAAAUCAUUGUGGCUAGGCGUGGUGGCUCACACCUGUAAUCCUAGCACUCUGGGAGGCCGAGGCAGGAGGAUCACUUGAGGUCA